CAAACUGCUUUCUGGAGCAGCCGUGGAUCGACGCAGAAAGAGGGGCACCUCACAUGGGAGUGUGUGACUGCGUGUGCGAGGGUGUGUGUUCAGGCCUCCUGCCGUCGCCCGCUCUUCCCGGACAGGCAUGGCGGGGGUCCGCGAGCGGGGCUCCCGGAUACAGAGGCCGUGGUCGGUGUACCGGGCCAACACAUUCGAGCUGUCCAACGAGAUGAUCGGCUUGGCUCUCGCAGGAAACAGUCAGGACCCAGACGAGCCUGUGCUUGAGUUCAGCGUCUCCUGCGCAGAUCUGCUGACUCCCGCUUUGGACCGAAAACCCAACAGCUUUGUAGCAGUGAGCUGCACGACACCACCGCAGGCCUUCUGGACCAAACACGCCCAGACCGAAGUCAUUGAGGGCACCAGUAACCCCAUCUUCCUCAGCAGCAUCGCCUUCUUCCAGGAGUCCAACAUUAACCAGCAGACGCAGGUGAAGCUGGCCGUUUACGACGUCAAGGACCGCUCGCAGGGCACGAUGUACAUGUUGGGCUCAGCACUUUUUCCUGUGAAGGAGUUGUUGCAAGAGAGAAGUCACAGAUUAGAGCUGGAACUGAGAUCAGCUGAGAACGAGCGUGUGGGGAACAUCAUCAUCGCUGCGUGGCAGAUGGAGGAGCGAGCAGAUCAGAGGAUGUCGGUCGGACGCCUGCCAGACAGCCUCAACGGGCGGACGGUGCUGCCUGUCGACGAGAGCCUCACCGAGUCGAUGGGAGUCCGGAUCAAGUACGCCUCGCUAUGCAAAGACACGCUGCUGCGCUCAGUGUUCGGAGGCACGAUGUCCAGGAUGUACCGCUUCCCCACGACUGAUGGGAACCACCUCCGGGUGCUUGAGCAAAUGGCGGAGAGCGUCCUGUCUCUGAAUGUCCCCAGACAGUUUGUCAAACUGCUGCUGGAGGAGGACGCAGCACGGGUGUGUGAGCUGGAGGAGCUGGGAGAGUUGUCCCCCUGCUGGGAGAAUCUGCGGCGACAGAUUGUCUCUCAGUACCAGACCAUAAUACUUGCGUACCAGGAAACACUGUCUGACCUCAACGACUACAGAGGUCCAUCGUUCAAAGCCAGCAACCUGAAGGCAGAGCGGAAGCUCGAGUUCAUGCCGACCAACCUACACGUUCAGAGGAUGAGGGUGCAGGAUGAGCUGGGCUUCGAGCACACGUACGAUGUGAUAACAAUCGGAGCACCGGCGGCUCACUGCCAGGGAUUUAAAAACAGCGGUUUGAGGAAACUCAUCCAGAAGUUCGAGGAAGCAAAGAAACACAUAUAUGAGGAGGAAUGCAGCGCCCUCUCCAGCUCGCAGUCCAUCGUCUACAUACCCCAGGACAUCGUCCGAGCCAAAGAGAUCAUCGCCCACAUCAACACACUGAAGACUCAGGUCAGCUACUACGCCGAGAGGCUUUCCAGAGCCGCCAAGGAUCGAUCUGCCAGCGGACUGGAGAGGACGCUCGCUAUUCUGGCUGAUAAGACUCGACAGUUGGUGACGGUUUGUGACUGUAAGCUGCUGGCUUCAGCUAUCCAGGCCCUGAACGCAGCACGGCCCGAGUACAUCGCCUCCAAAGCGUCUCCCUCCGCCGACUCAGAACAAGUAGUGCUACGAAACGACCAGGACACGCUGCUCGCCAAGUGGAGCGGCCGCAACAGCCGAUCCUCGCUGCAUGUCGACUGGCAUGAAGAGGAGUGGGAGAAGGUUUGGGUGAAUGUGGAUAAAUCUCUGGAGUGCAUCAUCCAGCGCGUUGACAAGCUGCUGCAGAGGGAGCGGAGGCCGAGUGUCAGCAGUCAGGACAGUAUCCAGACUGACCUGCAGGGAGGCGCCAGUAAGAAAGGUGAAGGUAAAAGACGAGCUUUCUGGAUCAACCCGGGAAGUUUAUCAGAGGAAACUCCAUCUUUACCAUCAUCAUCAUCAUCAUCAUCAUCACUUCCUCGAUCAUCAUCACCACCUCCAUCCUCUUCCUCCAUGCCCGCCCUCUCCUCCGCACAAGAAUCACAUGGAAGUCCCGGUGCUGAGGAGGCGUACCCAGGCGAGUGGAGCGAGGCGUUAUACCCUCUCCUCACCACGCUCACAGAGUGCGUCGCCAUGAUGAGCGACAAGGCCAAAAAGUCCAUGGUGUUCCUGCUGAUGCAGGACAGCGCCCCGACGAUAGCCAUGGACCUGUCGCUGCAGUACCGCCGCGACGUCGUCUUCUGCCAGACGCUCACCGCUCUCAUCUGCGGCUUCAUCAUCAAGCUGAGGAACUGUCUCCGUGACAACGGAUUCCUCCGACAGCUCUACACCAUCGGCCUGCUGGCUCAGUUUGAGUCCCUGCUCAGCACCUACGGAGAGGAGCUCGCCAUGUUGGAGGACAUGAGCGUCGGCAUCAUGGAUCUCCGCAAUGUCACUUUUAAGGUGACCCAGGCCACCGGCAGCUCCGCCCCCGACAUGUUGCCCAUCAUCACAGGAAACCGUGACGGCUUCAACGUCCGCAUCCCGCUGCCGGGAACCAUGUUCGACGCGUUGCCGCGGGAGAUCCAGAGCGGCAUGCUGCUGCGGGUCCAGCCGGUGCACUUCAACGUCGGCAUCAACGAGCAGCAGACGCUAGCUGAGAAGUUUGGAGACACGUCCCUGCAGGAGAUCAUUAACUUGGAGAGUCUCUCCAGACUGAAUUCAUACUACGAGCAGUUCAAAGAAGUCCUGCCUGAAGACUGCCUCCCGAGGUCUCGUUCUCAGACUUGUCUCCCAGAGCUGCUGAGGUUUCUGGGGCAGAACGUCCACGCCAGGAAAAACAAAAACGUGGACAUCCUGUGGCAGGCAGCCGAGAUCUGCCGCCGGCUGAACGGAGUUCGUUUCACCAGCUGCAAAAGCGCCAAAGACCGCACGGCCAUGUCGGUGACCCUGGAGCAGUGCCUGAUCCUGCAGCACGAGCACGGCAUGGCGCCGCAGGUCUUCACGCAGGCCCUCGACUGCAUGCGCAGCGAGGGCUGCAGACGAGAAAACACCGUGAAAAACGUCGGGUGCCGGAAGUACGCGUUUAACUCUCUGCAGCUCAAAGCCUUCCCCAAACACUACCGACCUCCUGACGGCACUUUUGGGAAAGUGGAAACCUGAUCGGACCACAGGGAGCUGUGUCGGGAAUAAUAAAGGACAGAGCUGUUUUGGGACGGCCGGGGAACAAUCAAGACACUGCGUCACCCAGAGGUUUUAGAAAAGAGUUUCACCUUCCCGAAAACUCGUAGAUUUGUACCACGUUAGUAUAACAACUGUUUUUAAGUACUGUAAUAGUUGCUUAUGCCAUAUUAUGCAUAACACGCAAAAUACAAGACUGUUCUCCCUGGUAGCAGAAGUGUGGAGCUCGUUGGGUUUUUAUUUCUUGUUAUGAAAAUGUUCAUGAACCGCACCGCUGAUCAAGCACCGAUGUGAUCGAUAACCACGCAAACCGGUUUAUUUAUGCUUUACAAUGUGAAUCGAGAUCAAUUAUUAAAGCCACGUGUUUUAAUCGAAUUCUGUAUCAAUAAAAAAGACAAUUACUCAUUGUCACCUUGAAAAUUUAGACUUUUUUUGUUUUUUUUUACACCAGCAAGUGUCUGUCUAUGCAGUUAGGACGUCUUCUACAGUUACAUUAAAUAUUUAGUGGUUCCCAGCUGGUCCCACAGAGUUUAGGUUUCUCUUUAGUUAUGAGUUAAAGUCACAUGCAUUGGAGAUAUUACCACAUAUUCAAUUUUAUUUCUUGAAAUGUUAACAUUUUGACUGAGAAGAAAUUAACUGUAAUGCAGGAGUAAACAGAUAUGUCACUUCAAAAUAAAAGCUCUGUGCUGGAAAUUCA